GUACAAGCAAAGGUCGAAUAGGACGAACAUGGGUGAGCAGGGUGUAGCGGUUAGAGCUAGUGUGUCUUCAGAAUCCCAGCUCACGGAGCAGGAAACGGACGAGCUGGUGAAGGAAUUUGAAGCGGCAUUGGAUCAAAACCUGUCCGAGGCAGUUGCUGCUAUACAGACACUGCUGAAAUUCAUCAAAACCUGUAAAGUGGGGACUAUAUCAGGCCUACGUGCGGAGCUCAAGGUGGCUACGGAGACACUGAUCAAGGCCAGGACAUCGACGGUGUCCGUGUCGUCGGGAUGUGAGCUGUUUCUCAGAUUUAUCACCAUGACCUCUCUGGAGGGACAGAAUGAUUUCGAAGAUUUGAGGAGAAAACUCAUCAAAAGAGGAGACAUGUAUCUGCAGAAAGUGGCUGACUCUCGACAGAAGAUUGCACACAUUGCCAAUCCUUUCAUCAGAGAUGGAACAGUAAAAUAAUAUAUACAACAGACUGUGUGUCCAUAGUAUAUAUGUACCUAAUGUAUGUUCUGACUUAACUUUCGGUGUGUCUGCGUUUCAGACCAUCUUGACUCACUCACGCUCGCGGGUCGUCUAUUGCCUUCUGAAAGAGGCCAUGUCCAGUGGGAAAAGGAUUAAAGUAUUUGUCACUGCAUCCACCAUAGACAACUCUGGGGAAGAGAUGCACCAGCUACUGCAAGAUGCUAAAGUUCCUUCCAAGGUCAUCCUGGACUCAGCAGUUGGUUUCAUAAUGGAAGAAGUGGAUCUGGUGAUUGUUGGAGCAGAGGGAGUGGCAGAGAGUGGCGGGAUCAUUAACAAGAUCGGGACCUACCAGAUGGCAGUGAUGGCUAAGGCACUCAACAAACCGUUCUACGUAGUGGCUGAGAGCUUCAAGUUUGUGCGAAUGUAUCCUCUCAACCAGGGAGACCUCCCCAACGAUGAAAAGUACACAUCAGUCAACUCCAGUGAAGACUCCCACCCAUACAUUGACUACAGCCCACCUCAGUACAUCACCCUCCUCUUCUCAGACAUCGGAGUACUCACUCCGUCUGCCGUCAGUGACGAACUCAUCAAACUCUAUUUAUAGCCCACCACUUGUGUGUUGCAAUUCUCCCCAUUUCUCUCUUCGUUAUCAAACUUAUAACUAUUCACCCAGA